CAGCCGGCCGGACUGGGACGUUUUCAAAGAGGGCAUGUUUCAGAGCACAGCUGUAUUGGUAGAAAAGCUAGAUCCAAAUCCAGCAGCACGGAGACCAACAAAAUUUGGGAGGUUGCACCUUUAGCCUAUUAAAGAAUAAUGUCUAACAACAUGGCCAAAAUCGCAGAGGCUCGCAAGACGGUGGAGCAGCUUAAGCUGGAGGUGAACAUCGACCGCAUGAAGAUAUCCAAAGCAGCAGCUGACCUACUGGCUUACUGCGAAGCCCAUGCCAAGGAAGAUCCUCUGGUGACCCCCGUGCCCGCUUCAGAGAAUCCUUUCCGUGAGAAACGACUCUUCUGCAUAGUGCUGUGAGCCUGAGAAGCAGCCCUGCAUGCUUGCCUUUCCCCUAAUCAGGUUCCUGGCUGGAGGGAUGAGUGGCGGAGAGGGAGGGAACCUCCCAAAUUUCACUGUGUUGACUGCAAUAAUAAACAUGUAGUGCUGUUCUUUCUGAA